UCUGACGGAUCUCAGAAUUCAUUUACAUGAGUCGGUUUGUCCACGGUCGGUCCGUUACUAAAAUUGUCUCACUCUUGCAUUUUAUGCUACUGUUUUGAUCUCGUCUUUCAAUUACCAACAAUUGAUGUCAAUUCUCACUUUAAUUUAUAUACUGUAGUUUCCCUGUGAAUAUGAUUUUGACACGAACUUUACUAUUGGCAGUAAAAAUUAAAAAUAGCUAGCCUAUUGUUCAGGUUGUGCAAUGUUUACAUAGUUGGAUAUUAACGUUGCAUAAUAUUGUACCUAAUUUGGAAACUGAAAUUGUGGCCCUGGAACAACAUAAUAACCUUUCUUAUUGGAGCCAACACAGCUGUUCUUUCAUGAGUAAAAUUCAGUCAUAUAAUUAAGUACACAUAGGUAAUCGAGUAAUUAACAAAUAAAAAAGUGGUCUUGCUUAUAAUCAAACAUGAAAAUGGUCCCUGAAAAAGUACAGAUCUCUUUGAUGAAGAAAAUGGAAACCUUACUAAAUCAAGGUCAGGAUGUAAAUACUCAAGAUGAAUACGGUAGAACACUUCUGGACAAAGCGGUUUGGAGGAGUUCAGAGCCUGCAGUUGAUCUACUGCUGGAGAGGGGAGCAGAUGUUAAUAUAGUAAACAACAGAAGAAGAUCUCCUUUACAUUUGGCUGUCUAUAGAAACAAUGCAACUAUUUUUGAAAAAUUAUUUCAGAAAGGGGGCAAUCUAAAUCUACUAAAUCAUGAAGGAAAAUCUCCUCUUGAUUUAAUAAUUAAAAGAAGAUGUUUAAAAAUGAUUGAAACUCUUAUAGACAAAGGAUUUUAUUUGGAAAAUGAAGUGCAUGAUUUUCCACCACUCCAUCAUUUUGUUUACAUACAUUUUGUAUCGGGUGUGGAGUUAUUGUUAAAGAAAGGAGCAGAUUUGAACUACAAAGACAAACAAGGUAGUAGUCCUCUUCAUAUCGCCAUUUGCAGACAGUACAUUGAUAUUACACAAAUGCUUCUCAACAAAGGUGCAGUGGUGGAUAUCAGGAAUAAUGAAGGUGAGACACCUCUUCACUCUGCUAUUAAAAGAGACUUUAAAGCUGGUGUUGAGUUAUUACUUAGGCAAGGUGCUAACGUGAACUUAAAGUGUGACGAAACUACACCACUUCACCUGGCUGCUAUAAAUAUGAAUGAAGGUAUAUUUGAUACAUUGUUAAAUCAUGGUGCCAAUAUAAAUGAGAGAGACGGGGAAGGUAAUACAGUUUUACACACUGCAGUAAGAGUGAAUUUUUUUUAUAAUGUUAAAACAUGUUUAACAUUAGAUGCCAAAGUAAAUGAGAAAAACUGUGAUGGCCAAACACCUCUUCAUCUUGCUAAGUCAAAGGAGAUAUGUGAGAUAUUGCUGGAUAAUGGAGCUUUACUGGAGGUAAGAGACUGCAAAUAUGGGGCUACACCGUUCCUCAGAGCUGUUCAAUGUGACAUAUGUACUGUUAACUUACUGUUGGAAAGAGGAGCAGAAGUUAAUACGAAAAAUGAUAGAAGAAAAACUGCCCUUCAUAUUGUGGUGAAUGAUUUGAAAAAAGUAAAAACUAUAUUAAAUCAUGGUGGGGGAGUAAAUAUAAAAGACAAUGAAGGAAAUACUCCUCUCCAUAUAUUUAUUUCUCAUGGAUAUUAUUCUCAGUGUAUUGAGCUCCUGCUUGAAAGGCGAGCAGGAGUAAACAUAAAGAACAAUGCAGGUCUUACUCCUCUACAUUUGGCAGUGUUGAGCCGAACACCAUCUGUAAUUGAGUUUGUUGUUAGAUAA